GUCUCCAGCUCCUUCCACAUCUGCAGGCGCGGCUGGGACGCGCUCCGCCCUCUGUGCGCUCCACUGGGCUCCGCUCGCUCCGCACACCCUCGCUGCUUCCCCGGCCUCCUGCAGAACCAGGCUGCAGCUGCCCCGACGAUACGGCGCACACCCCGCUGUGGAUCGUGUCAUUCACACAGAGGAGAGGGACAGGGAGACACACAAGGGAACCGAGGAGGAGGCUUCCAUCUCAUCAUUGCAGGAUGUUCUGGAAGCUCUCGCUGACCUUGCUCCUGGUGGCAGUGCUGGUAAAGGUAGCUGAAACACGGAAGAACCGGCCUGCAGGUGCCAUCCCCUCGCCUUACAAGGAUGGUAGCAGCAACAACUCAGAGAGGUGGCAUCACCAGAUCAAGGAGGUGCUGGCCUCCAGCCAGGAGGCCCUGGUAGUCACCGAGCGCAAGUACCUCAAGAGUGACUGGUGCAAGACACAGCCUCUGCGGCAGACAGUGAGCGAGGAGGGUUGCCGCAGCCGCACCAUCCUCAACCGCUUCUGCUACGGCCAGUGCAACUCCUUCUACAUCCCGCGACACGUGAAGAAGGAGGAGGACUCCUUCCAAUCCUGCGCUUUCUGCAAACCCCAGCGUGUCACCUCUGUCAUCGUAGAGCUCGAAUGCCCUGGUCUCGACCCACCUUUCCGAAUCAAGAAAAUCCAGAAGGUGAAGCAUUGCCGGUGCAUGUCAGUGAACCUGAGUGACUCCGACAAGCAGUGAACUCAUGGGGCAGGAUGCAGCUCAGUCUUGAGCACCCCUACCCCUGGGUUGCGCCACCGCCACUUCUGUUGAGCUCACUCACACUCUGCCCGGUGUCCCAGUCAGCAGCAAAUGUGUCUCUUAGGGCUAACAGUGUCCCUGUCACAAAUGAGGACCACAAGUGAAGCUUUGUCAACUGUCCCAGAUUCACCCCAGGCUACACUUGUGUCUCUAAAUCCACUUUGUGGAUGGGACACAGAAGAUAUUGGAAAACUCCACUCCCAGAAACUCGACAGGACUUUUCAGGAGAUGCACUGUCAUCUGGGAUUGACGACUCCACCAUGUGGAAAAGCCAGUCUUUCCCUGGCCACAUCCUACACUCCAGCUUGAGCCUUCCUCUGGUGAAGGAUGCACGACUCUUCUGUCGCAAAUAUUUGUUGGCCACCGGACCUCUGUGGUGUGAACAUUCUUCUGACCUGGGAGUUGCCCAGCUCUGCCGCUGCUGUGAUGCUGAUGUGGGCAGCAUCUAUAAAGGAGAUGCUCACCCACAAGGGGUUCUGGAACAAAUCUGGUACCCACGAGGACAAGCCAAACCAAGUGGAUCAGGAAAUGGACUUCCCUAGGAACUGUACUGAGCAGGCAAGACUCUCCACACCUCUGGACACCACCACCUCUUUUUUUCCUUCUCAUAGCCCCUCUCUGUAGCUCAAGAUAAACUCUGGUGCGCAUGCUAUUCCUGCUGCCGUGUUAACACUCACAAGGUCUCUGUAUUAGUGUCAGUCUUAUAAUUGACCUAUCAUGUUAAAAACAGUUAAAAGUAUUAUCAACAUAUUCAUAUAUCAAGUCACAUGUUUGGACUCUAGCUUAGCAUCACUGUUCUGAAUAGGGAGUAGAGCGUUGAGUGAUCUGUGGAAAAGUAUUUUACAGAGGAAAAACUGCCAGGUCAGCAAUUCACUCUCCCCACCCCCACCCCCUGCCCCCCACCCACACACACUCUCUCUUUCCAGAUUGAGCAGGGAGAUGGGACACAUCGUGAUUUUACUUUUAAUAUGACAUCACAGGAGACACUAAAGCAUUGUGGCAUAGUGUACAAACCGGAUUGGGACAGAGGUGUGUACAGAGGAGUCACUAGGAAGCUGUAAAGAUUAAAAGGCACGUGUGAGAUGAGACCUGGUACUGUUUUCACUGCCAUUACACUAAGUAAAAAAAAAAUAAAAGUAUUUUCUAUUAAAAGAUAUGUAAGAAUAUAUGGUAUUGAGACAUUUUGUGACACAGGCAGAAAUAUAGAGCAAAUAUAGAGGGUAGUAAUGUAGGUAAACUGUCACUCAGAGGAUAGCUUCCUGUACAAAGAAUAGAGUCGUAAAAUACCAAGAAACAUUUCAGUCAUCUUCAGUUCUGCUGACGAGUUGUUGGAGCCUCUGUUGUGUGGUCUUUUGAUGUGAGGACUUUGAAAUAAUUUAUUUUUCCUUCAAAAUUACACUCAAGUUCAAUCUCUUUGUGCAAUUGUCCUAGGGAGGCCUCCCUGAGAACGGCACGUAUGCAAUCUGACAAAUGUGAAUGAGACACCGUGGUGGGAAUCCGAAUGUGCUGAAAUCCUUUGGUUGAUAAUUUCCCAGUCCAUGCUCUUGCCAAGAUGGGUGUCCUAGUAUGUAAGCUAGACUAUCCAUAAGCUGCUCUGAGUCUCAGGCUUGUGGAUGCCCGGUAGUGAUGCUGGCUCUCCAGUCUGCCACCUGGAGGAGGGUUGGGAUGAGCUGGGGAGGGUAUUCCUUGGACUUUUGCCUGUAUUGCAAUGUAAGUUUUCUAGUUUCAUCACUUCUGCUACACAGCAACCAUGAGUAGAGACUGUGUGGUUUUGAAGGGGAUAUUAGCUUCAGAAAUGAGAGUGCACAGCCUGGAAUCAGCAGAGAGAAACAAGGGAGAAAUGGAAAAAUCACAGAGGGCUGGAAACCCCAGGGAUAAAGGCAAAAAGGGAAGAGGGUGCCGAAGGUCAGAGCUACAAUUUUCACUUUUAGCAGAAAAUCUCGAGGUAGAGCCAAAGCAGAACAUGCAGUAGAAAAGCUGUGAAAGAGAUAUGAGUGUCCUUAAUGGAGGAUGGUGACAUGUAACCAGAGGGUGAGGAGAAGAGUCUCACACCCAGCUGCGAAGCCAGCCCAUGUCAUUCUAUUAAUGGGACCCACACAUCACCAGGAAAGGUUAAGCUAGGGACCCACAAAGUAUGUACGUGAGCAUUCUUUUUGAUCCUAAUGGUGGGUGUACCCAUGAAGGCUAUCUGACAUGCUGUAGUCUGAGGCUACUUCUUGGCUUAUUGUAUGUAUAAAGUUUACCUUCGAAUGGCUCAAAUUGUAUUUAAAUUGUGUCUUGUUUAUAAAUGAAGAAAAGCUAUAAGUAUAAUGUAAUUAUUUUAUAGGUAUACUAUUAAGUUAUAGAACAAAUAAAGAUACUCUAGGAUUCUAUGUGAUCCUGGCAUCAUGUGCCAUAAAAGCUGAAUUCUGCACUUGUGUCCUUGGGUAGCAAAGGAUUAUAGUGUACUCAGAGUGCAUUUAUCCAGCCUCUGAGACUUCACCCAUGGCCCGUAUCAUAAACGUUCCUUCGGGGGGCUUGGGAUCUUCUAGGAGAAUUAGAAACAGGCAUCAAACAAGAAGAAUUGGUGGGAUGGCUCUCACCUCCAGUCUAUGGGAACUUCAAGCCUUUAUUGAGACACCCACCAGCUGAAUACAGAAUGUACUCAGAGUGUUCUUGGAAUAAAAAAUAUUGAAUGAGGAAGCUUUGAGAGACAGAUGCAAAGAGAAGUCCACUGUAAGUCUCUUCUUCUCUCCUGUAGCCAGUGCACCACACUUGUGUCUUACAGAAGCCAGAGAUUGUAUUGUUUUGUUCUAUUUUAUGUUUACUUUCCACGGGUUUCAACAUUUCUUAAUUUAAACACAUCUCAGCCUCACAGUGUUGUCAUCUUCCUGCAAACUGAGUUAUCUGCCAUUUAAAACAUGCAAUGAUCAAUAAAAGAAAUAAAAACCUUGACAAAACUG